AUGGCCACCUUUUUUCAGAGUGUUCGCCAAGGAUUUGGUAGGGGAGGAAACAACAAAGGAAACAAUCCCCCUAAAAGCCCAGCACAGUCUUCUGCUCCCCAACAUCAGUCCAAUAUGUCGAAUUCACCCUCGAUCUCCAGCAGCUUGGGAGUUGAAAGCCAAGCCAAUGACCCCGAGGGACCGAAGUACUUCUUCCAGGAGAAGUAUGCCCCCCUGAAUGUGAGGGGCAACUUCUUGACCCUCUGUGCCUGUCCGAAGAAUGUGGAGCUGGGCGAAUGGUUAGCUCACCAAAUCGUUGAACAAUAUCGCCUACUCCACGGCAUGCUCCAGGUUAUCCAGGAGACCAACAGCGUGACCGGCCUUACUAUUUGCAAUGAAAACACUUGUCCGACGAUGUCUGCUGGGCGGUUGACUUACACCUGGCUCGUCGACGGCCGCGCUGCCAAAAUCUCCGCACCCAAGUUCAUCAACCGCGUUGAAAAAUGGAUCGUCAGUAAAAUACACGACCCUGUCAUGUUCCCUACCGAAAAAGUCAACGGCACCCCCGAGACCUCCUCUAUUAAAGAAGCCAAUGGCGCUUCAACAACCCCCUCAGACCCAACCAACCCAGACGAUUGGAUCGGCAAGUCCAGCGGCUUCCCCCAGACUUUCUACAAGGAUUGCCAAGGAAUCAUGAAGCAGAUGUUCCGCUGCUACGCCCAUCUGUACCAUGCCCACUGGCUUAACCCCUUCUGGCACAUCAACAAGCACGACAUCCUGAACAUGUGUUUCGUGCAUUUCGUGACGGUCUCCAAGUACUAUGGACUUGUGUCCGACAAGGAGAUGGAGCCCAUGCAGCCCUUGAUCGAGUUGUUCAUUAAGCAGCAGCGGGUUCCCCCGGAGGCGCUUAAUGGCGGUCACUGGGCUCAGCAAACCGCCCAAUAA